AAGUACUCACAACACACGAAUCAGUCUUGUGCUCAUCCCAACAAUAAUUCUCCAACACUCGCAAGUCACAACAGAAACAUUCCAUCAAAAUCAAAUUAACAAAGUAAAAAUAGAAAAGCGGAAAAUAGAAAGAAAAGAAAAGCCAUUACGCAUUUUCCGUCGAAGCUCAAAUGCGAGCUUCUCCUCCUUCAAAUCCAGACACCCUUUGAGUUUGAGCCAAAAAUCUUGUAAAAAUGUCUUCCAAUAAGCAAGCGCUUUUCAUAUCCUCCCUCGUCAUCCUCUGGUACUCCGCCAACAUUGGCGUCCUCCUCCUCAACAAGUUCUUGCUCUCCAACUAUGGUUUCAGGUUCCCAAUCUUCCUCACAAUGUGCCACAUGGCAGCCUGCGCCAUCCUCAGCUACAUUUCCAUUGCCUUCCUCAAGCUCGUACCCCUCCAGGCCAUCAAAUCUCGCUCCCAGUUCCUCAAGAUUGCGACUUUGAGCAUUGUCUUUUGUGCGUCGGUGGUGGGUGGGAACAUCUCCCUCAGGUACCUUGCGGUGUCGUUCAACCAGGCUGUCGGCGCCACGACGCCGUUUUUCACGGCGCUGUUUGCGUUUUUGCUGACCCUUAAGAGGGAGGCUUGGGUCACCUACGCUGCUCUUGUGCCAGUUGUUACUGGGGUUGUGAUUGCUAGUGGGGGUGAGCCAGGCUUCCAUUUGUUUGGAUUCAUUGUUUGCAUAAGUGCAACUGCUGCAAGGGCCUUUAAGACUGUUCUUCAGGGUAUCCUGCUUUCUUCCGAAGGGGAAAAGUUGAACUCAAUGAAUUUGCUGCUAUACAUGUCACCAAUUGCAGUUCUAGUUCUAUUGCCUGCAACACUUAUAAUGGAGCCCAAUGUCUUAGAAGUUACUCUGCCGCUUGGAAAAGAACAUAAAUUCAUGUGGCUGCUUCUUUUGAUUAAUUCAGUGCUGGCCUAUGCAGCUAACUUGUCAAACUUCUUGGUGACAAAACAUACAAGUGCACUAACGCUUCAGGUAUUGGGAAAUGCAAAAGGUGCUGUUGCUGUUGUUAUCUCAAUACUCUUGUUCAGAAAUCCUGUUACCGCUGUAGGCAUUGGCGGGUACACAGUAACUGUUUUUGGGGUGAUUGCCUACGGAGAAGCAAAACGGAGGUUUAGAUGAAAGGUUUUAGGUUCUUGUUGAAUAUUGUUUUGUUUAGGAAGAGAGGAGGGAGAGUGUUGUAAUUUCAUGUGCUCUUCUAUUUUAUUUAUUCUUAUUUGGACAAACACAUUAUUCUUCGAAUCAUUUUGUUGUGAUUUAUUUGGUAUUAAAAUUAUAUUAUUUUAUCUUUUUA